CUUGAGGAAGUUCAAUUAAAACUUAGAGCAUGGGAUGAAAAUUGUGUUGACAUAGAUGUUACUCAUUGUGGUAUCUGUGGAUCUGAUGAACAUACUAUCAAAGAAUCAUGGGGUCCUACUGUGUAUCCUUGUGUUGUUGGUCAUGAGAUUACAGGUAUAAUUACUAAGAUUGGUAAAAAUGUGACUCAUCUAAAGGUGGGUGAUCGUGUUGGCAUUGGUGCGCAAAGUGGUUCUUGUCAUGAAUGUGCAAACUGCAAGGAAGGCAACGAAAACCUCUGUAUCGGCGCUGGUGCUUGUACUUAUACUUAUAACAGUAAAUGGCCUAAUGGUGAUAUGGCUUAUGGUGGUUAUGCAAAUAAAUGGCGUGGUGAUUAUCGCUUCGUCUUUAAGCUCCCUGAUGAUUUGCCUAAUGAUGUUGCUGCUACUUUCUUUUGUGCUGGUGUUACUACCUAUGCUCCCUUAAAGCGUACUAAUGUUAGCUCUAGUUCUGUUGUUGGUGUCAUGGGUAUUGGUGGUUUAGGUCACUAUGGUAUUCUUUGGGCUAAGGCUAUGGGUGCUAAGGUGAUUGGUAUGUCACAUAGUGACAGAAAACGUGAAGUUGCUCUUGAAUUAGGAUGUGAUGACUACAUUAUUACAAGUGAUUCUGAGGCUAUGGCUAAGUAUCAACAUAAGAUGACCCAUAUUCUCUGUACUGGUACUAGUCCUGAUUUCCAAUGGGCCACCUAUUUGGCUUUAUUGCGUCCUAACGGUCACUUCAUUAAUGUUAGUGCACCUGAUUGGGACUUCCCUGGUAUGAAUGUUAUGACUUUACUCUUGAAUCAAAUUUUCAUUCACGGCUCUUGUAUUGGUUCUCCUGCUGAAAUUAGAGAAAUGCUUGAUUUCGCUGCUAAACAUAAUGUUCGUCCUUGGAUUCAAAAAUAUUCUAUGAAAGAUGUCAAUAAAGCUCUUGAAGACUUCAGAGCUGGAAAGCCUAGAUUUAGAUAUGUCUUGGAGAAUUAAAAUAUUAUUUAAUCAUUUUUUCCCUUCUAUUUUGAUAUUUUUUUUUUUUUAAUAAAUUGUAAAAAAAAAGUUUUUGUUGUGUAUAUAAA